GGGGAGGGGGAGGGUCGGCUCAGGGUGGAGGAGGAGGAGGAUGACCACGAGGUCCGCUUGGUGAUGGAGGGGGCCGGGUGCAGGUACGGCAUCCGCCUCGAUGCCCUGCUGGUGGGCCAUGAGGAUUGGAUCACGGGCCUCGCGUGGCGUCCCCACGGAUACCCGGAUGUUGGAAAGAAGAGGCAGUCCCUCGCUUUGCUCUCGUGCUCCAUGGACAGGAGCCUGAUCAUCUGGAGGCCUGAGGGGGCGCGGGGGGCGUGGACCCCGCGCGUGCGGCUCGGGGACCUGGGCGCCGAUUUGGGUGGGGCGGUGGGAGGCAAUUUACUGGGCUUUCUGGGCUGUGUCUUCAGUGAGACGGGCGACAGGGUUCUCGCGCAUGGCUUCGGCGGGUCUUUCCACGCCUACGA